GAGCUACAUGCCUUGGCUUCUUCAGAAGAUCAUGCAGCGACUGAACUGGCAAAAUUACCAGCAGAGGAAACGGCGGCUGUAGCAGGCAGUACCCCUUGGUCAGCCGUGGUGCCACAGACAGAUCACCAGAUAGCUGGCUGUGCCUCUGUCAGUGUAGAAGUGCAGAACGAAGACCCAGCUGUGCUGGCUUGGAGUUUAGCAUGUGAUGCAGAGACAGCGCCAAGGGAGCCCCCAGCCUGGCCCACUCAGGAUAUGGUACAAUUUUGUCCUCUCCCGACAGAGGUACCCUACCAUGAGAUUUUAUGGAGAGACUGGGAGGAUCUUUCUGUCCAGCCUUGUGUGCUAGAGCAGGUCUCGAAAAACACUCCUCUCUUUGAAUUUCGAGUCAUGUCUUACAACAUACUUGCCCAGGACCUGGUGGAGCAGGGCCUUGAUCUCUAUCUACACUGUCAUCCAGACAUCCUGAACUGGAACUACCGUCUUCCGAACCUUUUGCAGGAGAUCCAGCACUGGGAUCCUGAUGUCCUGUGUCUCCAGGAGGUGCAAGAGAACCAUUACUGGGAGCAGCUGGAACCGACAUUCAAGGAGAUGGGCUUUGCAUGCUUCUAUAAACGGAGAACCGGGACGAAGACAGAUGGCUGUGCAGUGUGCUAUAAGCACAGCAGGUUCCAGCUGAUCAGAGUCAGCCCUAUAGAAUACUUCCGGCCUGGCCUAGACAUCCUCAAUCGGGAUAACGUGGGCUUGGUGCUGCUGCUACAGCCCCUGCUCCCGGAAGGCCUAGAUCUGAAGGCAGUCAGUCCUUUGUGUGUGGCCAACACUCAUGUGUUGUUCAAUCCCCGGCGGGGAGAUAUCAAACUGGCCCAGAUGGCCUUGCUCCUGGCAGAGAUCGACAAGAUUGCAAAAACUACUGAAGGCAGCUACUAUCCUGUCAUCUUGUGUGGAGACCUAAACUCUGUACCUGAUUCUCCACUUUACAAAUUCAUCCGGAACGGUGAACUUUCCUACCAUGGGAUGCCAGCCUGGAAGGUGUCUGGUCAGGAAGACUUUUCCCAACAGUUGUAUUCACGGAAACUGCUGGCCCCACUGUGGCCGAGCUCACUGGGUGUAACAGACAACUGCCAGUAUGUCACCCUGUGCCAGCCAAAGAAACUAGGUAGACGUAAGUACAGCCGGGACUUCCUGCUCCAGUUUCAUUUUUGCGAUGUUGCCUGUGAACGACCACCUCAGCUGGUCCUCUUGGAAGGUGUGACAGAUGCUAAACCAGACCGCCCUGCACACUGGCCCAAGCCUGCUGCCAUGGUGAAAGAUCCUGAUCCCCAGCCAUUUGUCCCAAGGUCUUCAGGCGUUAUCCAGCAUGGCCUCAACCUGACCUCUGUCUACAGCCACUUCCUACCGCAGAGGGGACGCCCAGAGGUCACAACGAUGCCCAUGGGGCUUGGAGCCACUGUUGAUUAUAUCUUCUACUCGGCAGAGCCUGUGGACAGUGGGAGCAGGAGAGGUCGCAGGCUGUACCAGGAUGGAGCCCUGAAGCUGCUUGGCCGCCUUUCCCUUCUCUCUGAAGAUGUCCUGUUGCUGGCAAAUGGCUUACCAAAUCCUUUUUGUUCAUCUGAUCAUCUCUGCCUGCUGGCUAGCUUUGGCUUGGAGAUCUCCAGCCUCAGAGAGGGUUAGUGUUGGUUCCCUUUCCCUAAAGAAAAGCUGUUCUGAAUAUA